UCCUUCGUCUUCUGCUAAACCCUGAAAGAGAAAGCUCUCUCUCUCUCCACUCCUCUUCUCUGUCUUAAACCCUACUUCAUCAUCUCGGCGACGCGAGAAGGAAGACGGAUCGACUGAUGAGCUCGGUUGCUGAUGCGAUUCGAGUUUUCUGUGGAAGUUCAUCUCUGAUCUUUUGUCCUUUUUCAGCGUCUUUGCCAGCGGGGAGCGAUGUUUCCGGGCUUCAAUCCGCUGUCUCAGUCUCAUCUGGGCAGCCGAGUCCAAAGCAAUGGCGCUGCGCCCCAGCAGGUCGUUCCCCCGAACCCUUUCGCGGGUAAUCCUUGUAAUGUGUUGCCGAACCCCGUGCAGCUUCACUCUCAAAUGGGGAUUCUUCCUCAGUCUUCGAUACCCGGUUAUGGUCUUAUGAAUUACAUGGGCAAUGGGCAGGCUGUGAACAUGGCUCUGCCUGGUUUGGCGGGAGCCGGCGUCGUGAAUGGACCCAACCCAUUGCUUGCUUUGCAAAAUGCUCAGAUUGCGAUGCAGCAACUCGGUCAGUUGCGGAAUAUGUUGCCCAGUGUGAACCAGAUGAACCUGUCUGGGCCACCUGGGCAGAUGCUCGCUCAGAACUUGCCUCAACAGCUGAAUCAGAACAUGGGUCUGCAAAAUUUGCUCCUGUGUUUGCCGAAUGCGAUGGCGAAUGUCAAUCAACUUUCGCUCGCACAGCAGUUGAAUCCUUCUCAGCUUCCUUCUUUGAGUGGUUUCCUGGGUUCCAAUCAGGGAGCUCAGGCCUUACGUCCGCAAAAUCCUUUCUCUUUGGCCAAUCCACAAGGUGGUCACGAUCAACAGCUUAAUCAAAAUCGGCGAAACGUAAGUUCUCCUGUCAUGGGUCCAAGUGCAUUGAGACCAUUGCCCAGUGCAAGUCAGCAACAGCCACAAAGCCGUCUUAUGCCAGAUAAUGUUCAUCCAGAGAAGUUUUCAAACUUGCCAGGUCCUCUAUCCCAUGGACAACAGGAAAAUCCCAAUUAUAGAGGUGGCAUCAAUACUUCAAAUCCAAAUUUUAGAAAUUCUCCAAGAAAGGACUUUGGUUGGAGGACAGGCCGAAUGGCUUCUCAAAGGGGAUCUCACAGGCCUCACUUCCAGGACAUGAAAGAUAGGAAGAGGAAAUUUGAGUUUGCUAAUAAUGGACAUAGAGGCAAAGGGAUAAGCAGUGAGAUGGCGGGAAACUUUGGACAACUUCACCCAGUGAAUCCACCUCAGGAACAGAAAAGAGCUCUUUCAAUAACCUAUACAGAACGAGAAAUCCAGCAGUGGCGUGAAGAGCGGAGGAGGAACUACCCUUCAAAAGCCAAAGUGGAGAAGCAGGAACUGACAGAUUCCAGGAAAAACGAAUUGGAUGUCAAAAUUCGGCAGGAGCAACUCAAGAAGAUACUGGCGCAGCAAGCUGAAUUGGGAGUUGAGAUUGCAGAAAUACCAUCACACUACCUGUCCGACAUGCAGAAGAAAGAUGAGUCGCUGGAAGAGAACAGUAGGCCAUGGACUAAGAAAGAGAGGUUUCAAAAGAAUCGUGACAAAAGAGGACACCAUAAUAGAAGGGACCGAUUCAACAAGAAGCAGAGAUUGGAGGCCACAAGUUCAACAGAUCCCCCUUCUUUGAACAAGAACAGGACAACACUCCUGCAGAAGCUCUUGAGUAAAGAUAUAAAGAGAGAUAACACCCGCCUCUUUCAGGUUUUCCGUUUUAUGGUAACAAACUCCUUCUUUAAGCAUUGGCCUGAGCAGUCUCUGAAAUUUCCAAAGGUAGUGGUUGAUGAGAAUGGGUGCAAGAGUGAAAUGACAGGAGAGAAGUCGCAGAUUCUCUCAACCGAAGGUAGUGGAGUCCAUCAGGAUUGUCAUGAUGGAAAUUCUGAUAGGGGAGGUGAUAAAUUCAGCGAUGAUGAGAAUAGAGAUGUUUGUCAUUCUCAUGUUGAAAAAAGUUUUCAUGGGAAGAGGGAUGGCUUACCAGAUGAAGAAGAAGGAGAAAUCAUCGACUGAUUGUUUUCUCUUCUAUGCCUCCUUGAGCAUAGAGGGAUAUAGCGGGGGGUGUGCAAGAGAAUCAGGAACUGCCUGGAACCAGACCAAACCGGCUUGUUCUGGAUGGUUUCCAUAGAGAUCAGUUCAGUUUCCGGUUCUAGGCCAGUAUAUAUAUUCUAAAUUUUUGUGUUAAAAAUUUCAAAAACCCUAAUUACGAAUCUCGCGUAGAUGCUCCUAACCUCUCAGCCCCGGACGCUUUCUUCUCUUUCACAAAAUUGAAUCCUCUGAACUCUCUUGCUCUCGGUCACUACGAACCUCUCACCCCUAGGGCCCUUGGUUUCACUGUAUUGACUCAGUACUACGGAAUUCUGUGUUGCUGAAGGCUUCAGCCUGAAGCUACCUUCAAGUUGUGAUGAAAGUGUACAUUUCCAGAUUUUUGGAACAAAUAUCUUAGUUCAUUAACUA